GAUUCUGAAAUUCGUCAAUUUUAUUAAGUGUUAUGCUCGAUAUUGCCUACAAACGAACAAUUUUACGGUUUACGAUUUACGAACCGCGCUGUCAAAAUCAGAGGCACCCUGUAACACAUCAAAGGAAGAUCAACAGUGGCUCAUGCAAAAGCAAAUCUCGCGCGCGCGUCUUUCGAAGGUGAAGUGUUCAACAACUAACGUACAACAAUAUAAGAAACAAUAUGCAAGGGAUAAGCAUUAGGGGCGCCCCAUAAGUGCCAAUUUCGUUUCCUCGCUGGCCAUCCAAAAAAGGAACUGAACAAUAGCAAAAACGUAUAACUUACGCCCCUUUCUCUAGCCUUCUGCACAACAUUUGUGUAUUGGUGCACGUAUUGGCGGGGGUUUCCUGGGCUAGCGCGCAUACACUGUGUCGUGAGGAACGAAAACAAACAUCGCUUGGACUGGCGAUUACUCAUUCUUAUAACAACGGACCACGAUCCCAAGCAAACGAGACAGUGUUUGUUGUGACCCUUUUUAUCCGGGCUCAAGCGAUAAGGAAGAAUCAGAAAGUGCUCGUCCUUCCCGACAGAAUGUGUGAUGUGAAAUGCAAACAGUGAUUGAAGACGCGCUCAAGGCCAACGCCUCCGCAGCUGAGCCGUCGAGUGAUCGAGAAGGGUGUUCCGGACCCAAACAAACUGCGCUUGAUCGCGACUUCGCGAGGACUACCAGGAAUCUGGAAUUGCAAAGAUCAUGGUGGGCAUGAGCACCUUUAGCUCACUGACAUUGGAGUCCGUGAUUGGUAUCAGCCUCGGUAUGACCAGCAGCGGGUACGAGGCCGAGCAGGUGCGGAAGGUACUGAUUGGUGAAUUGCUGGUCGCGGUGCGCGACUGUCAGAGACAUUAUGGUGGCAAAACGGAGCUUGCCACUGAGCACGAUCCCCGUAUUCGGUUGCUGUGUGAGGCUUGGGAAGGUCUGCUUGCAUACGGGCUGAAGCAGGGCAGCGUAUCAGGCAUGCUACAGAACGUGGUCGGCGAACUGGUGGCCCUGUCGUCCGGUAGUGGCGCGGGGCCCGCUACCGAUGGGCCCGUCUUCUGGGACUUUGCCUACCGGCAUCUAACCAACCACGAGCGGGAGCGUUUCAGCACGCUGCGACACGUGUGGUCAGCGUGUGGUAAGGGACGGGCCCUAUUGCGUGCCAUCUUGAACGAACGGGCCCUCGAGAGGUAUGUGCUGAUGUGGCUGAGCGAUGAGCAGCUGCUGGCGGAGUACUACGAACCGUGGGCCUUGUUGCGGAACGCCGAGGUGCAGCAUUUGCUGCCGAACGUGGCCGCCGGUCUGGGCACGAUUCUGUUCGCCAUCGCCUUCGACGUACCGGAGCUGAAUUCGGCGCACAGUGGCGACGGCGGCGGCGGCGAGGAACGCAGGGAACCGAUCAUUGCUACCCGCCGUCCUGCCGGCCCAGUACGUAAGAUUAAUGCCAUCGAACGCGUCAUCAUGGAGAGUGCUAGCUUAUCGACCCAGGAGAAGGGCCCCUCGGGUAUACCGCGGAUAGCGACAGCGACGACGGCACCGGCCGUGGUAGAGGCAGUCUCCGGAGGUAGCGGCUGUAGUACCACUACAGACGACAGCUGCUCUUCCCUAACCGCAUCCACCGUCAUUUCCGGUCCCGCUAUUGAUGCCACACGCAACACCCGCACCGCCGAUGAGCCUCUGAUCAAGACAUCUCCCGAUCAAUCAAACUGCGCUACCUUGCAGACAAGUGAGGCACCCGUCUUCUCCGUCGACCAUGCAUUGGUUGCAAUCGAGCAGACCACUAAUCGGGCAACUUCUUGCGAUCGGAUAACCGAAGGCAUUCCAGCACUAGUACCGAACCACGCUUCCUCUGGUCUGGCCGUGGAGGAUGCAUCAGAAGCGGAUGACCCGCUGGCAGUGAAUCAGCUGGCCAUGACACUCGCCGCUACAGUGCCGUACCGAGUGUGCGACUCAGACAGCUUCGAACGGCUAAGGCAGCAUACUAGCGAGCUCGAGGAGCGGUGCCAUCUGCUGGAAUCGCGCGUUGCCGAGUUGAGCCUAGAAAACCAUCGGCUUCGUAUGGUUACCAGCGCGAACCGAAACUCAAUGGCGUACUUUAGCUUUGCCAUUCCGAAGGCAAUCCAGCGGACAAGCGCAGGCCGCUCGCGGAGACCUUUCCACGUGUAUGAGAUUCGAAUCAGCCCCGCCGGUGGUGUUGCCACUGCCGAGGUCGGCCAAGGCAUCCUGUUGGAAAGCAGCAGUAGCAGCUGGUCCCUGUACAGACGUUACAACGAAUUCUAUCGGCUGCAUAAGCGACUCCAGCGGGACUACCCAUCUGCCAAGACGCUCGAUUUUCCACCGAAAAAAAAGCUCGGCAAUAUGAACGUUGAUUUUGUCGAGCAACGGCGCCAGCGGUUACAGGUCUACCUCAACAGCCUGUUCGCGGUGGUGCUACCUGAGGUACUGUCCUGCCGGACACGGGCCCAGCUUGAGCAGGUGUUUCCCUUUUUCUGUGAUGAUCGGCUUUGAGUGAUGGGAGCCAACAGCCUGCCUGGAAGCAAGGCACGAGGUCAGUGUGAUUCUACAUGAAGGCUAUACUAACAUACCACAUAUGAUAAAUACAAUUGUUUUCCCUGCUGUUUUCAACUGA